AUGGCGGCGAAACCAGAGCCAAUUGGACCGCGAAAUGGGCAUGAGUUGGCGCCAUUAAACACGCGAGCGGAUGGCAGCGAGCGGCCUCAUGGUGUCACCAUCGUGCUGCAAGGGUCCAGGGGUUCGCUGCAGAGGGAUUUGCCUGAUGAGGAUAGAGCAGCGUGGUCGGGAAAGCUGCAGUUCUUUCUUUCCAUCAUCGGUUAUUCGGUCGGCCUUGGGAAUAUCUGGCGGUUUCCUUAUUUGUGUCAGCAAAAUGGUGGAGGUGCCUUCCUCAUACCAUUUAUGAUAAUGUUAAUCCUGGAGGGUAUACCACUAUUCCUCAUCGAGAUGGCAAUCGGCCAGAAGAUGCGCCUGGGAUCCCUCGGUGUGUGGAAUACCAUCCAUCCGUGGUUAGGUGGCAUCGGCAUCUCCAGCUGUAUGGUGACACUGUUUGUGGCAUUAUACUACAAUGUUAUCAUUACUUGGGUGUUCUUUUACCUCUUCAACAGCAUCAGGCUAACAGCCGACCAGCUGCCCUGGUCUCACUGCCCUCAAGAUAACAGCACAGCAGAAGAAGAGUGCACUAAAGCCACAGCGACUGUCUACUUCUGGUACCGUGAGGCUCUAGACGCCGCCCCCAGCAUUGAAGAGCCAGGCAUCCCACGUUGGUGGAUAGUGUUAUAUCUACUGCUGGCUUGGAUCAUAGUCUUCUUUAUUGUGAUGAAGGGCAUCCAGAGUAGUGGGAAGCUGGAAAAGCUGCUCCAACCGACCGUGUGGCUAGAUGCUGCCACCCAAGUAUUCUAUUCGUUCGGGCUCGCGUUUGGGUCUUUGAUCGCAUUCGGUUCUUACAAUCCUCCAAACAACAACUGCGUGAGGGACGUGUUACUUGUGUCUGUGUGUAACGCCCUCACUGCAAUAUACGCCUCUGUUGUCAUAUUCAGUAUACUGGGAUUUAAAGCUUUCACUAUGACGGAAAACUGCAUUGCAAAGCAGACGAAGUUACUGGCGUUACAUCACAUCGAUGGCUUUAUGGCCAACUCCUCAAGCGACUUCUACUACGAGAACUUCCCGAAAAUUAACGCUUCCGUCCUGACGCGCCUCAACAUCACCGAAUGUACAAUUGGAAAACAACUGGAAGAGGCAGCAGAAGGCACUGGAUUAGCAUUCAUAGUAUUCACGCAAGCUAUACUGAAACUGACACCGGCCCCGUUCUGGUCCGUGACUUUCUUCCUGAUGCUGCUGUCUCUGGGGCUCGGUAGUCAGAUUGGCAUUAUGGAGGGAAUGCUUUGCACCAUCUUUGACAUUGAUUUCUUUAAAAGGCUCAGCAAACCCGUCAUCACUGGCGUGGUGUGCGCGUUCUGUUUCCUGGUGGGUUUGAUAUUCACAACUGGCGCGGGCGAGUACUGGCUGAAGAUGUUCGACUCGUUCGCUGGCACCGUCGGACUGGUUGUGGUCGCGUUGAUGGAAAUGAUCGCCGUCAUAUACAUAUACGGACACGAGAGGUAACAUUUACUAUAGUGGCAUUCCACGCGAAGCGGACAGCUAAAAAAAGUUGAUGUUUCCGAUUUCAGAAAUAUUUGAGUAUGUUUUACCUACACAUGUCCUUGAUACGUAUACCAAAUAUUUUUGUAAUAUAGUGCCUAGUUAGAGAGUUGUGGGACUUUGAAAUUUUGACCAACGAGUGGGCAUGCAGUACUUCAAAGCCGAUUACCAAGUCAUAAGAUUAUAGAUAUAAAUAAUUAAACUUAUGUAUUUAUUACUUCAUCUAAUAAGGCUUUUAACUGAAUACGAAAAAAAAAUUUUAUUUCAUUGAAAAAAAUGCGAUUUAAUUUUUUAAUCUUCAUUUUCACGAAGUUAGACUGUUUCGAUUUUUUUUAUUUUUAUUCUAAAAAUAGAUAAUAUUGUAAGGAGCAUUCGUGCUAAGUUUUAUAAUGGGCGUGAAAGUGGUUUAAGAGCUAGACUAGAAACACUGUCGAAGCGUGGCGUCUCUGACUCCUGCCCUGCGCCGCGCUUGACGCUUGCCACCUGCGUGAGCUUGGAGAUUACAGUUUUUCUUAAAGAUAGUUUGAUAUAUUAUGAUAUUUAAAUAAAAAUGAUUUUUUUUUUAAAUUAAUUACAUGGUUAUUUCCAAGUUUUUACAAUUUCAAAUGCUUCGCUAUGACUCGUGCGUUUUACCAUAAUACUUUCAAUAAUAGGAAUGAAGGCAUGAUAUUUUUUUGA